CAGUUGCUUCUCCAUUUCCAAUGUUCCUAAUCCUCAUGGAUCCACAACGGUAACCAUGGCAACACGGGUUGAGGUUGGCUCCAUAACGUCCCUGAGAAGGGUGCCAGGCCUCGGUGACAUCGGCAAGGAGGAGACCCUGAAGCGGACCUUCUUCUGCCAGGCGGGUGACACCUCUGGAGCUCCCUCGGCCCGGAUCUUAGAAGGACAAAGCCCCCUGCAGAGCCCAGCGCGCUUGUUCCCCCUGCCCAGACUCACCCCUAAACCUUUCUCCAAGGAGCAGGCCUCCAACAUCAAGUCUCCUGUACCAUCUUUGUGGCUAGGUCCCACCAGGCCGUCUCCUACUGGGUUCUCUGAGGAGGCAGUAGCCAAGGAUCCAGACCUCAGGAUGCCCAGUUUGGCAGGGCAGGAGGUAGACAGUAGGGACAGCCCUGGGAAAAGUGUGUCGCUGAUCAACAAGGCUGUGUUCCUGCAACCCAGCCCCAGCACUGGCCCCAGCACCAUGAUUCUCUUUGAGACCAUCAAAGCUGGACCCUCUCUGGGGAAGGGGCUUAGUCAGGGGGCUCUGGAGGCUGGCAUGGGGUCCCAGGAGCCUCUUUCCAGCACCCGGCCAGAGGUGGCUGCCAAGCCUGCCUUACCUGCCCGCAAACCCAUGGGAACCCUUCCCCGACCGGCCUCCCUGCCUCAGGAUGGACGAUCGGCCCCAUGCCAAGCAGAGAGAGUCCCAGAGGAGCCUCUCUUCAAGGCCAGUAGUGUGGUGGACACCGGGACUCCUGCACCAGAGCCCAGGCCUCACCUGAAGAGGAGGCCUGUGUCGGCCAUCCUGACAGAGAGUGCCCAGCCUCUGAAGCCAAGCCCAGAAGGGGUGGCCGGGGCAGGCAAGGUGCCCCCCACCCCUCCUGAGAAGACAUGGGUGAGGAAGCCCCGGCCUUUGUCCAUGGACCUCACAGCCCGGUUCGAGAGCCGGGAGGCCUUGCUGAAGAAAGUGGCUGAUGAGGGAAAGGGAGCUGAGUGUCGCAGGCCGGAGAGGGCCAACCUGCAGACCAGCGUGGAUGGGGACUGUCCUGUCCAAGCAGGGGCUCCUCACCAUGAUCCAGACACAGACUUCCUGAAGGGGACCAAGAAAGUCCAUGAAGAGAAGGAGAAGCUGAUUUUUAAGCAGGCAGAGAUGGGUGGCCCCAGGGCCCAUGGGUUCUUAGCCACACCUCCCCCCGCAGCUGACCAGAGUCCUCAGGAAGAAAAGGCCAGGCUGGCCCAGGAGCCACAGAAGAUGCCUGAGUCUUCUUCUGCCAGGUCAGGAAGAGGGCUGGAAUGUGCUGGGGUCAAGAACAGAGGGGCUGAUGGCGAGUCCUUGGUGGGGACUGAGUGGACUUCCAGGGGGAGCGUCAAGAAGCGUCUCAGCCUGUUUCAGGAGGAGAUUACCUUGGCCUCAGCAGGAGGACCAGACCCUCCCUCGGCCACCCUGGAGCCCCCACUGGCAACACCAGAGCCUGAGAAAGUGGGCGUGAGUGUCCAGGAGCGGAUCAAAGGCUGGGCCACUGAGAGCUCCGAGGUGAAGCCUGAGGUCAGGAGGAGGAUCGUCCAGACACGGCCAUUAUCAGCAGAUCUGACCAAAGUGUUCUCAAGUUCAGCUUCAAGCAGCAAGGUCAGGAAUGAGCAGUGUACCAGGCUGGGCAGCCAGUCUCCCCAGGCGCCCAGCGGGAAGCCAAUGGUAGAGCAUGGUUUGGACAGAACGCCCGACCCAGGAGGCCCUGGGAAGCCUGGGGUGCCCCACAAGAAGUGUGAGCGGGCAGAGCACAAAGACAGCUCUAAAGAGGGCUCCGGCAGCUGUCAGUGCGACAGCUCAGGGACCGCACCUGGCCCUUCUGAAAUCACUCCAGAAGACGACGGAAACUUCCAGACGGUGUGGGCCACAGUGUUUGAGCAUCACGUGGAGAGACAUGUGGUGGCUGACCAGUCAGGACGCUGCCUCUCAGACACAGCCCCUCGUGACGCCCAAGUCCCUGAGCCCAGACCCAGGCCUGAGAAAGGCCCCUGGGUGGGGAAAGACCCACCAGAAGUAACAAACCCCGGGAGGAAGAACGCCAAGUGGCCUGAGAGUCCUGCGCAGGGGAAACGGGAAGGAACUUCCCUGCUGGGCAGUGAGCCAAGGCAGUACUGCACACCCACCCCGGAAAAAUACCCCAUGGCUGCCACACACCGCGACAGCUCCUUCCGGAAGCUCUCGGAGAGUCCUCCCACGUCACAGAGGGUCGAGCCCAGGUAUGACAUUGUGCAUACUGUGGGGGAACACGCGCACAGCGAGGCUGUCUCCACGGCCCCCGGGAAACGCUCUGCUGUGACGCCCCGCAGUGGCAGGUCCCGGCUCUCACUGCCUGGGACGCAGCUGUCCCAGGAGGUCAGCCCCAACAACCCAGAGCCUCCUCUGGAAGGUCAGGCAGGGUCUGUUCAGAGGGCCAGUUUGAUUUGGGAAGCUCGAGGGCAGGAAGCCACUGGGCCAAAGCUUGACCUUCGGGAGCCAAAGGAUACCUUUGGGGGUAAUUGCUCACCACCCACAUGGACCGAUGGGUCAGUGGCAAACUGGCAUCAAGACACCCCGAUGGCCAGCACAGAGCCCUCUACUCCUGAGGCCACUUUUGUGAGGGCUGUCAAGGUUGCCAUCUGGGAAGGCCAGCAACAGAGGCCUGGUGGGGUCAGAGAUGAGCCAGGAGACCACAUUUCUGCAGCAGAGAGAGGUCUGCCCCCAGGGUGUGCUCUGGACCCUCCCAUGGCCAAGGCCAAGUUUGAGCCCUCUGGCUCCCGACUUGUGGUGCAUCCAGAGGCAUUUUCUGUGCAAAAAGGACCCCUUGUGACUGUCAGUGAGGGCGCCAUGAGGCUGCGGCCCGAGGCCAGAGGGCCGAAAGCUAGCCCCAUGGACCCGAGGAUGGACAGAUGGCGUCGGCGGACUUUACCCCAUGAUGCAAAAUUUGAAGCAUUCGGCUUGCUCCCCCCAGAUAACUCUUCAAAAGUGGAUCAGAGACGAACAGAUUCCUUGAGCCCCACAGCCAGUGCCUUAAGAAAACCUCAACUGUCCUACAAACACGUGGGAACACAGGAGACCUCAGGCACCCCCCAGGAUUGCACCUCUCCAGUCACGAAAACAGGGUCAUCUGCAGAACCCAAGGCGAUGUUUUUCGCAGUCACUUAUCAGAUUCCUGAUAUUGGAAAGGCGAAGAGUGUUGUCAAAUCAGGGCCUGAGAAUUCACUGGAACAGCCUCGAGAAUUAGCCCCACCCCCAUCACCCCAUUCUUUUAUAACAACUUUGGUGUCUCCUAACCAUGAAGAACCACAGGUUUCUGCAGGCAGUAAAACCAGGGCUCAGGGAAGAGAGCGUGAAAAAGGAAUAAGCACUUCAAGAGACCGUCAGUCCUCUGUGGGAGACCGAAUUCUGGACCCUUCUGGAGAAGGAGCCCACAGUGUGGAUGCUGUGUGGCCUCAUCGGGAGUCAGAAGAAGGCAUGCGUUUUCAGAACCACUGGAGGGACAGUGGCAGCAGGACGUCUCCUCGCAGUGCUCCCCAAACUACCCUGACCCUGAGAAGUCACCCAAAAGCCAGCAGUCUGCUGGUCAGAAGGCGGACGGCUAUGGUCAGUGAGAUAUUCCCAGGCGAGCUGAAGGACGGCUACAGAUCCAGUGUCCUCGAUAUCGACGCCCUCAUGGCCGAGUACAAGGAACGGUCAGCCAAAGUCCCCGGCCAGCAGAGGGACAGUCCCGCUGCAGAGCUCAGUGGCUCACCUUGGGAGACACCAGGCUGGCCCAGCAGGAUGGACUGGGGAGGGAGGAGCCCCAAGGAGGCUCCUGGUGGGGCAGCUCCUCAGAAACAAGCCAUCAGCAGGGAUGCAGGCCGCAGUGCCACUCCUGAGAAAGGCAAGCAGCUGGCAGAGACCCUGGGGACCACCACGACCCCCAAGUCCAGCUGUCCUUUGUGGGCUCUGCCACACUCAGCUCCGACUGACAAGUAUUCUGUGGUCUCCUCCAUCCCUGCUGGGCCCAGGAAGAAAGUCACUGGAAUCUCAGAGAAUGAAAACAAGGCCUUUGGGAGCAGCCGCCAUGACACAAAGUUUCAGAAUUACCCAGUUGAGGCAAAGCCCCCUGGCCAGGAAGAUCAAGGCAGUGGGGACAGACUGGCACCCAAAUCUCCUGCUGACCAGGAUAAAAGGGCCCUAAGAAAAUCCACCUGGCAGGGAGAGGAGGAAAGUGUGGCCCAGUGGCCACAUCGUGACUGUGGCAGGUCCCUGCUAGAUAUUAAGAGGGCCUCUUCAGAAAAAGGCCUCCCCGCCAAAGUCCAAGAGGGGCUGUACAUCAUGCAGGAAGCCAGACAGAGGAGACAAGAGCAGCCCAAAGCCAGGCCCAGCCUCCCUGCAGGGAGUCCAGAUGCCGGAGUGGGGCUCCAUCGGGGGGAGCCAAGGACUCGAGAGAGUCGGAAGGUGACAUCGCGGGACCUGGAGCGAGGGGAUGCCCACCAAGAUAAUGAGCAGCUGCCCAGGGAGCUGACACCAUUGUCUUCGGGCACCCAGAGAAGUCACAGCUUCUGUAAAGACAAGACGAGUGGGGCCUUUGUGGACCAGCUAAAGCAGUGCUUCUCCAGGAGACCUGCUGAGGCCAAGGACACUGAUACCCUCGUGCAUGAAGCCGAUGGCCAAUAUGGAACGUGGGCAGAGCAGUGCCAGAGUGAGGACAGUCUGGCCCUCGAGUCUCCGUCUCCUGAUAGCAGCACCACCCCCGUGCAGAAACAGCCCCCCAGAAGCCGCAUGUCAUCCCUGUCCUCCCAGACAGAGCCCACCUCAGCGGGGGACCAGCGGAGCACCAGCGUGGACCACUCCAGCUCUGAGCUGGACUCUACAGAUGGGGCAGAGGCAGUGCCCCGACAGGACACCUGCCCUGCCCAGGGCACAGAUGACUUCUUCUUCAUCCAUCAAACCUCAGUCUUGGACUCCAGUGCUCUCAAGACCCGGGUAGAGCUCAGCAAGAAAGGCCGCCGCCGGGCUCCUAUCUCCCACUCCCUCCGACGCAGCCGAUUCAGCGAGUCUGAGAGCCAGUCCACUUUGGAGGAGGAGACCAAUAGCACCUGGAUGUUCAAGGACUCAACAGAAGAAAAAUCACCCAGGAGGGAAGAGUCUGAUGAGGAGGAGAUGCCGUCCAGGACAGAGAGGACACCGAGCAGCCAGCCUCCGAGGAUGCCUGUGUUUCCAGGCAUGGACCCAGCAGUCCUGAAGGUUCAGCUGCUCAAGAGGCCAGAGGUGGACAGUCCUGAUGAGACCCCAGGCCGGGGCCCCCAGCCCAAGACCCCCAAGUCCCUGUUCCAGCCUGGGGUGCUGGGAAGUCGAGUGCUUCCUUCCAGUGUGGAAAAGGAUGAGAGGUCAGAAGAGCCUUCUCCCCAGUGGCUAAGGGAGCUGAAAUCCAAGAAGAGGCAAAGCCUGUAUGAGAAUCAUGCCUGACAGGCAAGGGCAGCAACACAACAAUUAACAGAAGCCUUAACCAUCAGACCGUCCUGAGCCACAGAGGGGCCAAGCUGCUGCCCACCCUCCCGUACUGCGCUCAUGUGCCUGGGUCCUCUCAGGGUUGGAGGCCAUGCUCCAGAGUCCUCAUCCCACAGGAAGGCCUCCCCUCCAUGAGGACCUGUUCGGCUCCAAGACACCACUCUGGCUGGGAAAGAAACCAGGCUGCCCAUGAAUGACCCUGCGGAGAGUUUCGUUUAACAUCAGAGUUUGUGUUUCUACCCUCUUUCACCACCUUCUGCACCUCCAGGGACAUCAGUGCAAGCCUGGGUUCUCUGCCUCAGUUCUGAAAAACACUUGAAUUGGAAGAUCGACUCUUGACUUUCAUGAGGAAAGGAUAUUUUCAAGAAAGUUCAAACCAUUCACUUGUUGCUGUUAUUUUGGUCCAAGGCAUUACCAAUGGGGUUGGGAGUUUUGAUUGCUUUGACGGAUUCCUUUUUCUUCAUGAUGAAUCAGCUUUUCCAAUUUUUAAACAUACCCUUCCUGAUUCUAUUAAGUAUAUUUCUCCUUCUAGUUGGGCUGUGUGCAUAGCUGACCUCUUUUUUGUUUGCUUUAGAAGGUGAUGAAGCAAUAACUUAGCCAAUUUUCUUUGAAACUGAUAUGUACAUAUGUUUUUAAAUUAAAGGACAGGAGGACAGGUGUGUGAAUAGUACUCUUGAUGUAUCCAACCUCAGGUCACCUUAUCUCUAUCCAAGCUUUUUACAACUUAUAACUGUCACCCUGUAUAUAGUCUCCCCCUUUAUUUCCCAGUUGAUCUCUGAUUUCUGUGGGGUGGCCUUUGUUCCUUGGCCUCAAGGGGUCAUAGGUGCAGCUCAAAUGGCAGUACCUUUGUCAAACACCAGAUCUGCCCCAGCUAUUUUCUUCUCCAAUUUCCCUUAAACAAACAAAGACUGGGGUUGCUGUAGAAGAGCAGCCUUUCUAAGUCAGCCUCAGAACAAACGCUUGAGUUAGGGGUACUUUUUGUUUUAGGUUUUCCAUCACCUUGACCCGCCUCCCCGGAUUCACCUCACUGCAAUUUUUUUUAAGGGGGGUGGUUUCAAAUGGCAGUAUUACUCAGAACUCUUCAUCAGAGGGGGAACUAGGCCAAGGAAUUCCCGGGAGUGCUGGACGCUCAGUGACAGUGUAAGACUCACCCUGCCUCUUUCUUUUUGAAUCUCCAGGCCUCUGGGGAUUCCUUCUCUUCUGUCCUUUUUUCUGGAAAUUCUCAACCUCAUCCCUCUCCACUCCCAAAGCUCCAGGCACCAGUAAACAUUCCAAAUGUGCCUGGCUGGCUACCUGCCAUCCUAGAAUUGCCAUAAACCUUGUGCCAACUUUGCCAGAGAGCCACCCAGUGGUGAGACACAUGGGCGGUUCACAGGGCAGCCCAUGAUUGCAGGGGCCCCUGGGGCUGAAUGUCCCAAUGGAUCUGUGCAUAGCACCAGCUACAUAGUGAAGUGGGCUCCUGCGAGGUGGGAAGUAUUUCAUGAUAAAUCUGUUAUUUGCAAAUGGUGUCAGAACUUUCCUUUCUUCUCCCUGGCCACCUCCCAGAGCCUUCCUGUCUCUUCCCAUCUUCUCUCCCUCCCUGUUUUUACUGUCUCUUUUCUCUCUUGGGUGUGGGACUGGUGUUGGAGAUUUCUCUAGGUUCCGACAGCUGCCUGUGCACUGCUGAGGGGUGUCAGGUCACCAGAGAAAUGCUGGUGGAAGUAAGACCUCACUGUAUUGGGGGCCUUGUGGGCUUGGAGUGAAACUGAUCUUACCAUCUUGGAUUGUCUGGGAUUUAUAUAACUCCAGACAAGUCUGUCUUCUGCAGCCUCCCUAGAGUUGAGGCUAACUUUAGGAAAGUUCUGAGGAACAUGAACAGAAAUAGGCAGUGGCCUGAGUUCCUGAGCCUGAGAGGCUGAGAAAAGAUUUGGGAAAAUCUGAGCAUGAUUUUCCUAAAGGAAACCAGCUGCUCCCAUCUGGGAUUGAUAGCCAGCUCAUCAAUCCGUGGCUUUAUAGUUUGUUUUUCAUCCCGAUGCAUCCAGAUUGGCCCCUGGAAUGAGGCACGACUGCAGAGUUAAAGCCUCCACACCCUAAUUGGGAGGUUUAAUCUAUGGCAGUCUCUAAAGUGACAGAGGGUUUCUGUAGCCUGGGAGCGUGGGAACCCAGAGGCCAUGGUCCCAUAGCACCAUGAUUCUGUGGGGUGAAGGGUAGUGUUGGGAUAGAGAAAGCCACUCAAGCAGAGGGGAAUCACCUUGGGCUGAGUCCCAUGGUGAGUAAAUAGGGGACCCUGCCUCUGUGCCGAGAAGCCACCCCCAUGGAAUCUGAGGAGGCCAAGGCUCUGGAAGACUUAAGUCCAUGCCAGCAGGAUGAGCACCCUGGGCCAUCACCAGUCUGGGUCUCUUUCAGUCCCAAUUGCUCUCUGGAUUUUUCCUUCUUUUGCCUGGUUGGCUCCUGCAGGAAGAGAGACAAAGCUAACUCUCUGCUCUGGAAAACCAGCCCAAAGUUUCUGGCAAGUGAAUCCUUGAAAUUCUCACCUCCCAGCCUGUCUUCUUCGCCCUAUCACAACACCCUUAAACAGUUGCCCUUCACCUGGGCCAUGGCACCGCCUAAUGUGACUUGGACUAGCUGUUCCGUGACAAUCCCUGGUGGCAUCACACCAGCUAUAAAUCAUGCUAAAAUCUAACGAAAAAUUCGAGCCUUUAAAUGAUGACCUCAUUCCACAUUGCCUUAUGGAUCCUGUAAGUAUGGAGCUCACAAGAGUAACUGCAGUGUGGAAGGUGUUUUAUACUGUGUCAUUUCCUAAGUCACACAGGUGUCCUAGAAGUCACAUGCUUCCCAGAUGGUUAUGAUUCCCGUGUGUUUUGCAAGAUGGAGUGGGAGGGCAGAACUACGGUAUACAGAAAUACAGGCUAUAUUUUCCUAACUGUUCUUUUGGGCUAAUCCUCAGAUUUUUGAGUUAUGAGAGGACAAGAACUCAAAUUGUGUGGCGGGGGAAAAACUAAGCUUCCUCUCUGUGGUGGUCUUGCAGUUGCCUUAUGAAUUCACAAGCUCCAGGACUUCUGAAUGGAAGGCAAAUGAGAGGCACUUUAUCCAUUCCUGGAAAGAUUCUAACCACGUGACUGAUAAUUCAUCUAGAAAAACCUAUAUUUUUAAUGUAAAAAUAAAAAGAGGGGGAAAGGUUUUCUGGACCUCACAGAGAAUUGGGUGUCUACAAGUGCUUUUAUAUUUUGUAACUGUAAAGUGUCGUCGUAUCACAGAAGAGCAGUUGGAAACUGGUCCACUGCAGUGAAAUGAGAGGACCUUCGCAUGUACGGAGACGUUGCAUUCAGACUCUGAAAACAGCAAAUAAAGCUUUGAUGUAAGUUG